UAGCGUGGGGCGAAACUGAACGUCCAAAGCCUCCCGUGCAUUUGCGCCGUCGCCGAGUCGUUCGGUGUCAGAAGGACGGGAUAAUCUCCAACCAAACGAGAAGCAGAAACCAGUUUUCUCAAUCGGCGGCGCCAGCAGCGAGAGUCUCGCCCUGCCGCUAAUAGAUAAACGCCCUCGCCCCCUGUCGCGUUAGGCACAACUACUCGUAACAUACAGAAAUGGGCACACCGACGAAGCGGACGGAGCGUGUGUUGUCGGACGCCGCCGACAAGGUGGCCAAGGCGGAGGAGGCCGCGCGUCAGUAUGAGGCCCAACUGGCCGAGGCGGCGUCCAAGAAGCGUCAGCUCGAGGAGGAGAACGAGAAGUUGCGUGCCUCCAUCCUCAAUAUGGCCCUGCAGAACGCCAGCGUGGACCUGCGUCGCGAGCACGUGCAACUGCGACAGACACUGGACUCGUACCAGACCAAGAUCGAUCAGAUGCGUGAGAUUUCGCUGCUCUCGGCCAAGGUCGUGGACAGCCGUAUUAAGACCAAACAAGGCCGACAGUACGUCGAGUACAAGCUGCAGAUUGAGACAGACAUCCGAGGCACGCUGGUGCUGUGGCAUCGAUACAGCACGUUCUUGAACUUGGCGGCCACGCUGAAAGCCAAGAACCCGAACAGCGAGCACGAGAUCCCAGAGCUGCAGACCCAGAGCCUCACGGGCUUUUUCUCGGACCAGUUGAUCAUCGACCGCAUUGCCAAACUCAACGAGUUCUUGGACGUGGUGACCAAGGCCGACGAGUUCCAGUGGGGUAUCCGGAUAGAUAAGGACACGUGCGUGUACAAGCGCAAGAGCAAGCGCGCGGACCGAUCGUACAGUGUUGGCUCGCGAGAGAGCAUCUCGACUCUGACCCCCAGUAUGCGCGACAGCAUGUUCAUGCCUGCGUCUUCCCGAGCGUCCACCAUCUCCAUGGACUCGUAUUAGAGCAAUGCACGGACUUUUAUCGCCGCAAAGGAGCCUUGUUUUUUUUUGGAGAGAGGACCAAGUAGUAGUGUAUCACAGGUAAAAUGCAGGAUAAGUCGCGAGGAUGCAGGAUAAGGAGCCCUUGUUCAGGGCGUCCGGGCAAAGUUUGGACUCAGGUUAACGACAAGAAGCGAGACGUAAUGCAAACUUUUUUUUUACUUAACCUGUA